GACAACAACAAGACAACUCGAAAAAUAUGCCAGCAAAAGUGUGUAAAUAAAACAAAGGCACGAAACGGAACGGAAAGAAAGAAAGAUCGGAACCAGGCGCAGAGAACGAACUCGUUGCCCCCCACCCCACCACACCACACACCCCCCCGUUCCCGCGCCAAUCGGAUUCCCCCGAGGAGAGCGGACGCAGUGCGGCGGAGCGCAUGAGCAACUAGUGUCCAGGUACCAGGUGUCCAGUGUCCAGUUCGCCAUCUCUGUAUCUCUAUGGUGCCGCCAGCAACAUGAACCUGGAAUCGCUGUUCCGCGACUUCAAUCCCUGCAAAUUCAUCGUGCACUGCAGCCUGUUCACCUUUGUCACGCUCUUUGCCUUGCGCCUCGACAACUACAUAGAUUGGCCCUACUGGGCGAUUUUCACACCGCUGUGGAUAUGGAAGUGCACCGCCAUCCUGGGCGCCAUUGUGGGUGCUAUCGUGUGGUGUCGGUAUCCACACUAUCGCCUCGAGGGAGACGCCUACACGCAGUUCAAGGCGAUGCUCAUCUCGCUGGCCCUGCACCUGAUCCUGCUGAUGUUCGAGCUGCUGGCCUGCGAUAAGCUGACCUCGGAUCGCCACCUCUGGGUGCUGGUCUUCAUCCCGCUGAUCUUCGGAUCGGUGGUGAGCGUGGGCGCCUGUGUCUGGGCCGUCAAGCACGAUCGUUCCUUCGAACUGGAGCUCUUCCUGGCCGUCAAUGCGCUUCAGUUCGUGUCGCUGCCACUGAAACUGGACCGCUUUGUCUACUGGAACUGGGACGUGGUGUUCGUACCCAUGUGGAUCGUAAUAUGCCUGAGUUUGGUCAGCGUUCUGUACAACAUCAUCUUCUGCGGCAUCAUGAUGCGGACGCCGGAGGUGUCACUGCAGCAGAAGAAGGCGGCGCUUAACGCGGCGGUGGGCAACAUCUGCACGGUGCUCCCAUUGCUCUGCUUUCAGGUGGUCAUCUGCGACAAGCUGGACGGCGAGCUGAAGUUCCCGUACAUCGUGGUCUUCUCACCGCUGCUCGUCUCCAUCCUGGCCCUGAUCAUCCUCAGCUUCACGGCCAAGGGCGGCAACAUGUGGUGGUUCGGCAUCCGCAAGUCCUUCAGCCAGUUCCUGCUGUCGGCUAUGCCGUUCCUGCAGGAGUACGGCAACAUCAGCUACCACGCCGAGACGCACAGCAAUGGCGGGCAAUCCGUGCCGCUGGACGCAACCUCCUCAUCGACGAGCAUGGCGGCCAGCGAGCAGCUGCACGAGUUCGGGAAGCACGACAAGAAGGGCAAGAAGGGGGCUAAGAACGACAUCCUCAAGCCGGUGGUGCCGUUCGUCAGCAUCGACCUGCCGGACUAGAUAUAGACAGCCAGCACUGCACAGGAGCAACAAUGAGUAGCAAGAACCACGUAGACCUAAGGACAGACUCUCAGCAGACACGCAUACGCACACGGAGACGCCGACGCCGCACACCUUCGUUUAGGUGUUUAUAUUAAGCAUUACAUACCCGAUACCCACAAACACCCAUACACAUCGGCCGUAGCUUUUAGACUCGUACUGAAUUUUAAUUGUAAGCCAAAUGCUAACACCGCCCACGACCCAUGCCUCCCCCAGCCACACCCAUUGCCCCCCAAAGGCCGCCACCACCCCCUCGCAUUCGCCUGCAUAUAAUAGUUGUACAUAUAUACCGGCACUGACUACUACACACAAUUGGCCAGGUUGUUGUAGCCCACCCAAACAAAGCAGACCCAAUGCGGCUUUAGCCUUGACCACUGUUUCCUUUUACAAAUCGAACAGAACAAAAACGCAGCAUACAACACUUGGACUUUUAUGGCCUUAUAUAUGUGCAAAUAUUAUAUGUUACAUCCCUCACACUCUGAGAACCCACUUAUGAGUAAUGUCCUACGAUAAAGUGUAAAUAAUUUACAAACUACAAAAAAAAACACAAGAAAUAUACUUAAGUGCUUCCAAAACAAA